CGCGACACAAAUUUGCUAGCAACUUCCCAGGAGCAUUACAGCAACCAGUCUCCUGGAAAUAUAUCUGACUUAUUGGCAUCUAAAGUUGUGUUCGUUUCGUUUUGUCUGUUGUAAGCUUCACUAUAUCAUUCAUGAAUGUUUAUGUCGUUCAGUUUAGAGUUAGUGAGCAUUAAAGCUAAGCUAACAGGGCAGUAGAGAGUGUCUGUGUGUGAUGUUAGCUGGUGAACAAUCUUGAACCGAGGAUGUACACUUUAUUAUCUGGUCUGUAUAAAUACAUGUUUCAAAAGGAUGAAUACUGCGUCCUGAUCCUCGGACUGGACAACGCGGGGAAAACGACCUUUCUGGAGCAAACAAAGACCAGAUUUAACAGAAAUUACAAGGGUAUGAACCUUUCAAAGAUCACGACCACAGUCGGCCUGAACAUUGGCACCAUCGAUGUGGGAAAAGCUCGACUGAUGUUUUGGGAUCUUGGAGGACAAGAAGAAUUACAGUCUCUGUGGGAUAAGUACUAUGCAGAAUCUCACGGCAUUAUCUAUGUCAUUGACUCGACUGAUGAGGAGCGGUUGGGUGAGUCAAAGGAGGCUUUCGAGAAAAUGAUCAGCAGUGAAACUCUUGAAGGAGUUCCUCUACUUGUGCUGGCAAACAAACAGGAUGUGGAGGACUGUCUGUCUGUCCCCGACAUUAAAACAGCGUUCAGUGACUGCGCUCCUAAAAUCGGUAAACGUGACUGUCUGGUGCAGCCCUGCUGUGCUUUAUCAGGGCAGGGUGUGAACGAGGGCAUCGAGUGGAUGGUGAAAUGUGUGAUCCGUAAUAUUCACCGACCACCCAGACAAAAAGAUAUUACAUAGAACAUCCUGUCAGAGCUCCGUGUGCGUGUGCGUGCUUUUCUAUAAAUUCAGAGUGGAUGAAUCUGCAGUUAUUCUCUUUAUAUAGUACCUCUCUGAUGAUGUGAAUGGUUCAUAAGUGCGUUAUCUAAACUGUGAUGUCACUGUGAAUUUGAACAUUGUUGAUAUUUUAUGAUAAACUGACACUUGUGCGUUUGAAGUUGUCUAAUGGCCAUUUAGAUCCUUUGCUAAAACAACCUUUUUUUAUUGACGUUGCGAAUAAGUCAAUAAUUGGUGGACAAAACAUUAUCAAACACUUCUCAGUUGACUGACAUGCUGCAUAAAGAUGCUGUGGCUUGUAUUUCUACACUACGUUGGAUUGAAACCAGAAAACAAUGUGUUUUAAGGGGUUGUUUUUUCAGGCCCAAAAAAUCUAAAUAGCAUAUAAAGUUGAUCUAAUAAACAGCAGAGAUGAAA